AUGGAACCUAUAACGCCUUCCACACCAGACAAUAAAGUUUUGUUACUUAAUCAAAAUACAUAUGCUUUUCUUACAUUAGACAAGCCUUGGCUCAAGUGCCAGUUUCAUGAUGCCGAUCAAACAUCCAUUAAGAAACCAGAUGAAUUUGAAAUCAGUCCGGAAGAUUUCGCUCCGUUGGAAAAAAAUAGCCGUGAUAUAGUGGAUCGUAUCCAAGGUUCAAUGUUUGGUUUGACUGUGGGUGAUGCUGUUGGUGCUCGUGUUGAAUUCAGACCUAACCGUUAUUUAGUUGAUAAUCCAGUGACAGAUCUAAUAGGAGGAGGAACAUGGGGUCUACAAAGGGGACAGUUCACUGACGACACCUCUAUGGCCCUUUGUUUGGCCAAUUCACUAAUUGCCUGUCGAGACUUUGUUCCCUACGAUCAAUUAGUUCGCUACAAGUGGUGGUAUCGAUAUGGCUACAUGUCAUCAACUGGUCAUUGUUUUGACAUUGGUGCAGCCACUCGACAAUCUAUCCAAGAAUUCGAAAAGCGUCAAAGGAAGUUUGCACAUGAUCAUGACAUUCUAUUAGAUCAAAUGGACUUUCUAUCUGAUCGUGAGCUUCUUCAAGCAUUCGACGUGCAUUGUAGCAAAGAGGGUGUGGCUGGUAAUGGAGCCCUGAUGCGUCUCGCACCCGUACCCCUUUUCUUCUUUCGUCUUCCGAAAGUUGCCGUUGACUAUUCUGGGAUUAGCGGCCAAAUCACUCAUGGAGAUGAGAAAGCUUAUGAUGCAUGUCGCUAUUACGGAGCGCUAAUUGUGGCUGCUCUUCAAGGUGAAGAUAAAAAUAAACUGACUAGUAAUACAUUUUACGAUGAUCAUUGGGAGUGGUUUGGUGAUAAGCCCCUUCAUUCUGAAAUCAUGGCAAUUGCUCAAGGAUCUUACAAAAAAGAAGGUGGAUAUCAAGAUGGAAUUCGAGGGAAAGGAUACAUUGUUAAUGCUUUGGAAGCUGCUUUAUGGGCCUUUUGGAGUGAUGAGGACUCAUUUGAGAGAGGUGUACUCAAAGCUGUUAAUCUGGGCGAUGAUACAGACACAACAGCAGCUAUUUAUGGCCAGUUGGCAGCUUAUAGUGGUUUCGAAUGUCAUUUAUCUCGACUUUCCAACGUCACUGUAAUGCAUUUGGAGUAUCGUCUCGUUCCUGAACAUCCAUUGCCAGCAGUGGUUGAUAAUGCACUCAUAUUAUAUCGUGCACUUCGUGAUGGCAUUCUUGUUUCUCAUCUGACUAUCAUGGAAGAUUCAGCUGGCGGCAGUCUUACUCUAUUGACAAUUCCAGUUCUUCUCGCUCGUCAGCUACUAAUGCUUCGUGCCAUAAUUACACUUUCGUCAUAG